UACAGUGCAUUCCUGAUGAGCGUGACAGCUGCAUUUACAGUACCUGUGUUCUACUGUGUUCACUAAACUAAUUGCACUCUGUGCCACAGAAGUAUUUCAAACCUACCUGCAUAUACUGUAGAGCUAAAAGGUUCCCUACAUAAAGAAACAAACUACAAAGUCAAUACCAUGCUGCCUUCCAGUGGAAUUCUUUUUAUUUUGCUGCCGGUUAGUUUAUGGUGGACCAGAAGCAAUGGUUACAAUAGGACAGUCAGUACAAACACUGACAAUAGUUCAACUACAGAUACAACUCCACUUACACACCAAGGAACUUCACAUCAGUUAGGUGUUACUGAAGAUAAUGGAAUAACUCCUUCUGCUAUAAGCUAUGCUGCACCAACAAUGGUCAAUAAAAAUGCAGCAGAAAGUACAGUAAUAGAGAGCAUCACUCAAAGCAAUAGUGUAUCUCAGAAUUCCUCUAACACAGUGUUGUCUUUGACUUCACAUGUGGAUAAGGGUUCAACAGAGGGCACAAAUACUUCUGCCAAAAAUGUCAACAGAAUCUCACCAUCUUCAACAAUAUCCAUAACCAUGAGUGACAUUUCCACAGUGACUGAAAGCAACAUGCCUACAAAUACUGGUGGAUCAUCGAAAACGGAAACCAAAAACUUCACUUCAGUCACCUAUAAGACCAGUUCUACUGCAACAAUCUCCACUAAAGACUCUCUAAAGAGCUCCAUGGAAGUCUCAUCCACGAACAGUCCAUCAAAUACACUGACCACAUUAUCCACACACAAGAGUGGCAGUGUCACAACAGACUUCAAAACAAUUUCACAGACUACAGAAAAUGUACACCAGAAUUUCACCAACCAUUCUAUAGUCCCAUCAAAUCCGAAAGAACCCAACAAAGAGAAUCGCCACAGUGCAGGAGUAGUGUUUGGUGCGAUUGUAGGAGCCAUUCUAGGAUCUGCAUUAAUUGGUCUGAUUGGGUACUUUAUAUGUGGGAAAAGAAAGUCUGGCUCAUUUUCCCAUCAGCGACUUUAUGACGACACAAGGACUGAACCAGGUCUCCGAUUAGAUAAUUCAUCACAUGAUGUGAGCUUUGGUGAUUUGUCUUACUACAACCCCAGUACAACAAACGAACCAGCAGCACCGAACAGCAGAGGAAGACCUUAUGAUGGCAUUCCAAUGGGUGAUAUGACUUCGUCUCAACCCUCAGCAUAAAGUCUGCGAGUAAUGUCCGCUGGCUUCAGAUUACAAACUCGUUUGUGAUCUAUGUGCCUUGUUUUACAUACAUAAUCCUAUGGCUAUUGACAUGAAAGGCUUUGGAUUGCAUAUCUGAAAUCAUAAGAUAUAUUAACAGAUGCCAGUCAUACACUGCUGUGCCAGAGCACCAAUUGUCGCAGUUGGUAAUUAAACUAAAUUCAAUGCUCAAUCUGCUUGUGUGUUAAAAGGCACUAUGCUAUCUUUUAAAAAACAAUAUUAGCAAACUGCACAGAAACAGGCAAAAUCCUGUUUGUUGCACCUGGGCAACUUCCUUUGGCUUCAGUCGAGGUUGCAAACAUAUAACAGAGCAAUAUACGACCAGGACUCUAAGGAAAGUUUAGCACCAAGACAAAAUAACCAUAAUGACUAUCUUGAUGAGAAGCAGUUUUCUUCAAAUGUCAUUUCCAUCAGAUAUGCUGCUUGGGGGAUUUCCUCCUCGCCUUGAUAUUUGCAUCUUCCUGAGAGAAAAAGCUAUACGGCACUGGUUUUAACUACUUUACUUACAGUUUGCAAUUUGCCAGGCCAAAGUGAAUUAUUGUUUAGCAUGAAAAGAAUUUGCUCACACAGAGUUACAAUUACUACAAAAAGGAGACCACAAGAAUGAAUAGUCAACUUCCUCCUCCUCUGCACCAGUUGGUCUAUUAUCUACAUCGCAGGUUAGGAUCUGUGGAAAUGAUGCAGCAUAUUUUGGGAUAGGCUACGUGGAAGGAAUGAAUUCUCUUUGGGUAAAAAAUAUAAAAAGAAUCCAGAGAACCACAUACUAGUUUAAAAUCUUGCUCAUUCAGCAAGUCUAAAAAACAUUGAGAUAUCCAAAAUAAUAGUACAAUGUAUCGGUUUAUAGCCACCUAAGAUGCCUAAAGACAUAAGCAGAGUUUUAGGAAGGUAAAAUAUUACUGGUAAGAACAACAUGAUGCUUAGGGGUCUUAAAGAUUAAGGGGCCUAAUAUUUGUGUGGGACAUAUGUUUAUUGCUGUGGAUCUUAAUGUGUGUUAUUAAGAGUGGACACAGUGGAACUACACCCACAAAUAACAGCUGAGAACCUGGCCACGAGUAUGUUAAGUUCACAAAGAAAAAAGCAAUAAGACGUUAAAUGUCAGUCAUUUGCAACUGUGAUAAUCUAAUGUAAGUGAAUAUAGGUAAGUGUAUAAGUGAACCAUGACUACAGAGAAACAAAAUUAAAAUCUCCAUCACUGUGCUGGAUCUUCAAAGCACCCUGAACUGUCAGACGUUUGACCAUGAGGGUAAAUGGAAUUUCCUUGGACUUCUUUUUCUGGUAUACUCUCUGCUUUAGAGAGUAUCACAGGGUUGAUACAGGAUCCAAGUCUAAAGAGCAAUUGCUAGAGGGCCACUCUAUCAGUGCUGUCUGCCUCAGAGAAAGCAAGGACUUUGCCUUAGGACUGGGGAGAACCCAGAAAAACUCAGGGGAUUAUUAAUUAUUCUGGACAUUCAUACUAAACAAAAAAUUGACACAAGUAGCCCCUGGGUGAUAGCUAAGGACUGCACACAUAUCUGCAUAUUGUGUGCAGAAGGACAAAUCACAUGGCCAUGAAUGAAAAGUUUUUGCGGCUUUAUAUAAUUAAAUAAUUACAGGAACCAUUAUGUUGUGUGCUUACAACAGCAAAGUGGAGAUGUAACAAUGAAUUGCCACAGCUGCAAGCAUUACAAGUGCACACACCAGAUGUUUUCAUUGUUUUUGUCUCCUAUUGAUCACCCCUUUUUUAAAAUCUAAUUAAGUUGUUUGCAUAUCUAUUUUUGCCAGCAAGGACAUCAAAACAUAAAUGAUGUUCAACCACAUAUUGUGAAUUAACACUUUUGAAACCCCUUCUCUUCCCCUUCGCACUUGCUGCAUCCAAGAAGGUGAGAAAUGCCUGUUCAUGUGUAUUAUAUAAAUACAGCAUCUGCGUGGCAUUUAACCUCAUCACAAUGGUACAGCAUUGGUUUGAAUAGAGUGUGGACCAAUGUUAAAGUCUCAGGGUACAAAUAUGCAGCACUUUCACAGAAAGAAGUAUCUACUCAUCUAUCUCAGAUAUUUGCAGCAUGCUAAUCUUGUUAUAACCUAGAUGUUGCCACUGACUUCCCAUUGCAAACUUGUUAUUGACUGCAAUGAAAGAUCACUGGAUCAGACCCCUCAGUGUUGUAAAAACUGCAUUUGCCUGCUUUUGAACAAAGAAAUGUUACACAAUGGCAACUCCUGUUCAAGAAUCACCUCUGAGCAUUUACUUUUUGUUUGAUGCCUCCUGGUGAGGAGCAUGAUGUCACAGUGAAUGCAGAGA